CCGGGCAGAGGACCAAGCGAGGAGAAGGAAACUGAGUAAAGGCAGACACAAAGACAGGUGAUCUUCUUCGUGAGUGAGGGAGGAAGAGGCUGAAGGAUGAAGAGAUGGAGACGCGACGCCAUUUAGCACCACCUGCUCUGUGACAGGGCCGAGCGCGAAGCAGGCCACAGGACGUGAACUUAAAGGUUGCUGCUGCCAUGGCGAGGCCUGGGCGGCCUGUGUCUGAGAGCUACCAGCCCAUCUGUUGUUCAGUCAGCCGGUCGGGGUCUUACUCCAGUGAGGCCACAAUCAUGGGACUUGAGGACGAGGACGAACACGCGCCCAUUUUCUCCCUCUCCAAGAGCUCCAUGGACGUCGUCAUGUCCGCGGGCCCGGCGCACAAGCGCGACCCGGCCUGGACCAGAUUGGAGCUGAGACGCAGCUCGAGCACCAACACACACUCCGAGCAGAGCGCGGUGACGCUGCAGCAGCUGCAGCCGCACGUGUGGCACCACAGCCACCAGCUGUCGCUCACCGCCCAGAACGUGGACGUGCACAGCCGGAUUGCCAAGGUGCAGCGCUGGAGCGCGUGUAGCAGCAGCACGCACAGCCGCAGCAGCACCCCAGACACGAUGGUGUGGAAAGGAGGGAUGUCACGUCCCUCAAGUCUAGCCCAGGAAGUCUACAGCCCCGCUGCACCGGACUCUCCUUUGUCCAAACUGUCCUCUCCACCAACCACGCCCUCCCCGUCCACCUCCCCCCUCCACAGACCUACUUUAACUCCUGUAGACCUUUUGAGCUCUGCUUCGACACUAACACUGAGCGCAAAUCAGCAGGACGACUUAGUUGCGUCCUCUCCUACACCCUCACCACUGCCGUCACCCCUGCAGGCUCACACCUCCUCGCCCUUGCCUUCCGACUCCCCCGGUCUCCUCCAGCUCGCCGGCACAGAGGACGAGAAUUUGCAGGAGAAUAAUUUGCUUUCCUUUCAAUUCCCUUCCCCAAAUCCCUCCUGUGUGAGCUCAGUGGAAGAAACUGUGUUGUCAGAUGUUGGGUGCCUUGGUGACGACCUGAUACAAGAUGGUCCUGGAGACUCGCAGCUAUCAGAGGGUGGAGGAGUGAGAAGCCCGGAGCAAAUGUUGAGCACCCUGACUCCUCGUUCUCCAGCAGAGGGCCGGGAGGCGGGAAGAGGAGCAGCCUCAGUCUGCCACCUUGAGCUACCACCAGGAGGUUGGAGGUCACCACUGGUUUCUUCCCUGAGCGACUCACGGUUGGGCGAAUGCUGCAGGUGCAACUCCAGAGAGGGCACAAAGGCUCCAAGGGUGGAUGUGUUCAGGGAGGAAGGUACAAUGGCUUCAUCCCGGCAAAUGGUGGAUGCGGAGGUGCAGACGAUCUCUCCCAUCGGCUCCUGGUGGGACCUCAAGAGGACCACGUCCACCUCCAACCUGGACUCACAAUCUAUCUUGGGCUCACCCCCUGGAUCAAGGCUGAACCUGAAGUCCUCAGUGGGCUCGAACUCCAACCUGGUGUCCCCCUCCUCCAGCAUGUUCCCAGUCAGCAGCGAGGAAGAGGAGGAGAGACGGGGAGACGAUCCAAAGUGGGACAACUAUUCGGCGAGCUCCCACGAUUUGGAGAGGAGGAGGUCCUGUCUGAAGAUCCACGGGGAGGAGAAGGACGAGCGGGGCAGGAGGGGCAGCAUGAAGCAGGUGCAGUGGGAUGAGGACGGGAUGACGUGGGACGUUCACGGAGCAUCUGUGGACCCGGAGGUGCUAAGCACGGCCAUAAAGAAACAUCUGGAGCUCCAGAACAGUCCCCGAACCCCGAGACACUCCUCCAAGAAGAAGAAAGCUCCAAAGCCUCCUCUCAUAUCGAGCGCAGGGAAUGCGAUUGCAUCAGAACUGAAUCCAACUGCGACGAUACGUCAACAUGACGAAACGUCAACUUGUACGGUGGAUGGUGAGAGUGGGGAUAAACCAGGUGUGGAGGAGGAAGGAGGAGAUAAGAAUGAGGAAGCAGUCGAAGUUCCUCGGCGGCUGAGUAGAGCAGAGGGAAACGACGCCGAAGAGGAGGACGAGGUGUACGGACAGGACGGCAGCAGCCAUCCAAGGUCACCCUCGCGCAGGAGCGGUCACAUCCGAAAGAAGAGCAUGAUCAGGUCACUGAGGAGGACCGGGUGGUGCGGCGGAGGCUCCAGAAAGGGAAACCACGAUCCAGGAGCCUAAAUCUAUUGAUUAUCUGUUGACGAUCAAUCCUCAGUUUGCAAAAUUGCACAACCAAUUAACUCUGUGUGAACUUCUAUGUGGUUUCAUCCUGCUGUUGUCUAGACUUUGUUUUCAUCAUUUGCCAACAAAAAAAGAAGGUUGGAGAUGUGAUGUCUGAACAUGUGUUCCUGUAUUUAUUAGGUUAUACUGUUUAGUGAUGAGUGGAUGCAUUUCUAUAAUAUAAUUCAGUUAGCAAAAAAUAAAAUACAUUUGUUUAUGUAGA